CAAGUUUGAUAUAAAUACAUGGCCGGUGACACGGCUAGCUCAGUUGAAACAUUUAGGAGAUACUGUGAACUUUACUGUGAACUAGUCAACUUUUUUCAUAUAGCGAGUGGGUAGGCAAGAUGUUUGCACUGCUGCUUUUGGUGUUGGUUCCAGGCAGAAUAGAUUCAUUAGAAUGUUACUCUUGCUCAAAUGUGACGGACAUUAAAAGCUGCCUCCAUACUACAUUCUGCAGCUACAAAGAGUCAUGCCUGACAAAUGCUGUCACAUCAGCACAGACGACAACGUAUACAUUAGGUUGUGUUGACAAUCAGUUGUGUAGAACGCAUUCAGCUGCAGGGCUUGUCGGCCGUGAUAUAAGCGCACGUGAUACUAAUUGCCACGAAUGCUGUAGUACUGAGAGAUGCAAUAAUCAACUUUGUCUUCACAACAAACCUACAACGUGCAUAGACGAUGUGAAAGUUGACUGUGCGUAUAUGAAUGCCAUGUUUGAUAUAUGUAAAGACGUCAAUCACUCAAAAAAUGUGUGUCCCAAGUUUUGCGGUCUCUGUACGCUAGUUGAUGGUAACUGGGCUGAGUGGUCACCAUGGUCUGAAUGUGACGUUACGUGUGAAAACGGAAUACAGACAAGAAAACGAACUUGCACCAACCCAGCUCCUGCUAACAAAGGCCUGGACUGUAUUGGAAAUAGCACCGAUACUAAACCAUGUGUUAAGCAGUUAUGUCCAAUACACGGCGGUUGGACAAAAUGGACAAAUUGGGGUGCUUGUUCUGUUACAUGUGAUAUUGGUAUACAAAGAAGACAUCGUAACUGUACCAAUCCAUAUCCUUCUAGAUUUGGAGACCACUGUUUUGGGGACACAAUGGAUGAUAGAGUGUGUAUGGUUAAAGCUUGUGCUAAUGGAGGUUGGACAGCAUGGGGAAGUUGGACAAGCUGUAGCGCUUCCUGUGACGGCGGUAUACGUUCUCAAUCACGAACUUGCACAAACCCGAGGCCUUCUCCCCAGGGUAAUGCAUGCGACGGGGAUCCGAUGAAAAUUGCAAUUUGUAAUACUUCGACCUGUC